UGUGUGUGUGUGUGUGUGUCUGUGUGUGUGUGUGUGUGUGUGUGUGUGUGUGUGUGUGUGUGUGUGUUCAGGUCCUGGAGGUUCAGUGUGGAGUCUGAGUGACAGCGACUGUCGGCUGGUGGCGUCUGCUCUGUGUGUCCUCUCCGAGCUGCCGUCCGUCUGCUCCCCAGAAGGCAGCGUGUCCAUCCUCCCCACGGUCCUCUACCUGCUGCUGGGAGUCCUCCGAGAGCUCACAGGUGCCCCGGUGGCGGCAGCGGUGGCGGGGGGGGGCUCUGUGGGCGGGGCCGGUCUGGGCGCCGUGGUCCAGGCGGCUCUUCAGGCUCUGAAGUCGGUGGUGGCGUCUCCGAUGAGCCGGCAGGAGAAGAGCCGCGGAGCCUGGAGGCUGCUGCUGAGAUCGGCUCUGAACACGCUGCUGGGCCUCUGGGACGCCGGAGACGGUGUUGUGGAUCAGGUCAGUCUGCUCACGGCUCUGACCGUCUUCCUGCUGUCUGCUGGUCCUGACGUCUGCACCGUGGAGCCACUGCACGCGCUCUGUCUGCAGCGCUUCACCGCCGGCAUGGACGCCAAAGACCCGCUGGUUGUGAGUCGCUGUUAUCAGCUGUUAGCGUCGGUGUUCCAGGCUCAGCCCGACGUCGCCGUCCCGUACAUCCAGGCGCUCGGACCGCCGCUGGUUCGAUUCCUGCAGAGGGCGGAGCGGAGUCGUCCUCAGAGUGCCGAGGAGUUGUUGGGAGUCCUGGAGGGAGUCCGAGCGAUGGAGGCGCUGGUCCAAGCCGCGGACGAGUCCCAGCGUGCUCCGCUGGUGGCCAUCUUGUUUCCUCUCCUCGUCUCCUUCCUGCUGGAUGAAAACGCUCUGGGCUCGGCGCCCGCCGCGUCCCGUUCUCUCCACCAGGCGGCGCUCAAAGACCUGAUGCGCCUCGGCCCGCAGCACUCAGCCGUGUUCAGGUCGCUCAUCGCCUCGUCUCCUGCGCUCAAGUCUCGACUGGAAGCCGCCGUCAAGGGCAACCAGGAGAGUCUGAGCGCUAAAGCUAGCAGCGCUAACCCCGCCGCCAAGUCCUCCCCCAGCAUCACGCUCAAAACCAACUUCCUGUGAGGCCACUUCCUGCUGCUGCGUUCACUGACCCCAUCGGGACAAACGCUACUCUGGGAAUCUGGAGCGGUAAUACGAGCAGACACCCUGACAGAAGAAUAACAGACAGUUUGGGUUCAGAGCUGCAACUAGCGGUUAUUUCCACCCUGGAUUAAUGUGUGGGUUAUUUUCUGGAUGAAUGGAUGAGUAGUUGGUAGGGGUGGGAAUCACCAGAGGCCUCACGAUACGAUAUCAUCACGAUACUUAUGUCACGAUACCGAUA